AUGUCCCUGAUUUCUCCAAUCACGAGUACCGCAUCUCUGAUCCCUGGUAUCUUUCCAUCUCUUGCGGCCGAUGGGGCCUACUUUUUCUGGCGGUCACUCAGGGAUCUCACCGUCUUACAGACUGAAGAUGCUGACGAUAUAGACAUCGAGAAGCAGGAAAAAAAGGGGGUGAGUGAGAAGUUAAUUCACUUCACCCAACUGGAAACUCCGAUGGUCAACUACUGUCCACCAAAUGACCAAUUUCCCUGGUCCCGCAGGGCCGUUGCGACUGGGUCUGUGAUUGUGGUGGGAUCAUUUCCCAAUCGAUUCGACCCGUACCUGUGGUGA